AUGGGCCUGUUAACAGACACUCGAACACAGGCGGUCAUGUCCCGUGUUAUUCUGGCCAUCCACAAGCCUCUGGAGGUCCUUCUGUACAUUGCUGGUGUGGCCUCACUGCUAGUGUUAGCAUUCACCCCUCUCAAUGAAAAGACAUACUUCUCUGAAAAUGCCCUCUUACCAGGCUUGGUGGAGAGGAAGUAUCUGAAUGAUCAAAGUGUCAAGGAUUACGCCAAGGAACUGACCCGACUGGGAGCUGCGGACAACGGGAAAGGUCCUAUCCCUGAAGAUUGGCUGAAAGCUCAAUUUAUGGACUUGGGCUUAGAUGUGUUUUCACAAAACUUCACUGUGCAGCACCCCUUUAACGUUAAAGCAAAAGGAACUCAAGAGAGUGGAGCUGUCUCCGGAACCAAUGUCUAUGCUAUCCUCAGAGCCCCUAGAAUUGCAAGUACCGAAGCGAUAGUCAUCACAGUACCAUAUCGCAAUAAAGAGGCUGAAGCAGGCAGGGCAAGGACACACUAUGGAAUUGGCCUGAUGCUGUCAUUAGCCAGCUUCUUUAGCAAAAACACAUUUUGGUCAAAGGACAUCAUCUUUGUGGUCGUGGACAAAGAAGAGGUCGGGAUGCAGGCCUGGUUAGCUGGCUACCAUGAUAGUCAUUCAGAAUAUCUCCCAACAAGCCUCAUGCUAGGGCGCAGUGGAUCAAUCAUCGCUGCCAUCAAUUUGGAGCUCGGCUCUGAGUUUACUGAUCACAUUGAUUUGAAGAUUGAAGGUGUUAAUGGACAGUUGCCAAACAUGGAUCUGUUCAAUCUGGCUGUCAGGUUAUGUCGUGUAGAGAGGGUUCCUGUCACUUUCCAAAACAGAUUUGAUCCUUCAGAAAGAAUUGUUGUCAAGUGGGCGGGACUACAGCAUUCGGCCACAACCAUGCUACUCAACAUGGCUAAGCAAGCCAGCGGAAAGCCAAGCGGAAUCCAUGGUCUGUUCCUGCGCUACCACAUAGAAGCCCUGACUCUCCAGGCCCAUCCUGCAAAGCGUGGGUCCGGAGUAGAAGCAGUUGGGCGUGUCAUGGAAGGCGUGGUCCGCAGUGUAAACAACCUGUUGGAGCGGUUUCACCAGUCUUUCUUCUUUUAUGUACUCCCUAGCUGUGAAAGAUAUGUCUCAAUCGGUCUAUACAUGAUUCCUUUCGGCCUCUUGUUGGUUGUACCUACACUGCGUGGUAUGGCCCUCUGGCUUCUUGCAAUGCAAUCCGUUGAAAAGAUGGACACUUCUUCAGACGAGAAAGAUAAUGAUGAGAAAGAGGACGGUGAUAAAAAGAAAAAACUGGAGCUAGAGCAGCAAGGUCGUCCUUUUGGUCAAGUCAUGCCUCUCAUCAUUGGUGCACACAUCAUGGGAGCCAUACUGUUCAUAAGCCCACAAUAUCUUGUCAGUGAGCACAUCGCAUCCUUCAAUGUAACCCCGCAAGGUGCCAUUGCUAUAGGUUUUGCAGCCUUCUUCGUUGGAUCAGCGUCCCUCCCUAUCUUUGGUAGGAGGAAUAAUUUUCAAACGAGCGAGGAUUUACCUUCGGACUGGCAGCUCUUGAAGUGUCUCACGCUCAUCUGGUACACAGUUACACUCCUGGCUGUGUCUAUGUUUAACUUUUCUCUGGCUUUCUUUGUUGCUGUGCCAACAAUUCCCAUCGCCGUCAUUGUUCAACCAGCCGAGCAAUCAGUUUUGAAAAUAAUACAGGGAUUUCUCCUUCUUAUGAUAUCUCCCCUAUCUUUGCUCUAUUCUUUCAUAACUGUUCACCAUGGAUUCUUUAACCCUGGAGAUGCCAUGGUAGACAUUCUUACCCAGGGGUUGCAUAAGACUGUAGAUUCCUUGUUUGAAGGUGUGGUCAAUGCCUACUUGUAUGGCAACAAAUCUUUUGCCUUGAUAACGUUAGUAUGGUUUCCUGUUUGGUUUCUCUUGUGGGCAGUGCUUUUCAGGAAAGCAAGUGGCAAAAAGGUUUCAUCAUGA